CGCUAGUCCCAAAUUGAACGAUCCUGCUGCUGCAGCUCCAGCUUCUGACAAGAGAGAACAAGAACUACCUCCAGAACAAGGGUCCUCCGUUUCCGUUACAGCCGCUGGGCAGGCGCAGAAUUCCAACGCAGCAAAAAGACGAAAAGUGAUUAGUGAAAAUGAACUUAUCGAGAAACUAAUGUUGAAGCACCAGGACGAAAAACAAGAGUCUUCUACGCCUGUCGCGGCUCCACCAGACGAGAUGACGCGGCUCGAGGCUAAAGAAUUGGACGAAGUCGAGGUGCGGGAGAGCGUGAACGAGAUCAUUGAUGAAAUGAAUAUUACUCUCACGGCCGCGGAAGCGCAUGAGAUGAACGAUAUUAUUGAUGAAAAAGGUGGAGACGCGCCUUAUUUCGCGUCAGAGGCAAAUCUUGAAUAUGUAUCGGAUGAAGAUGACGAAGUCGAGGAAGAGGCCCAUAUCCAAAAAGACGCACCCGACGCCGAUGCUAGUGCCGAAGAUGUUGCUGUUCCGAUCGAAGACAAGGUUCUUGUUGUUGGUGACAAUGCAAGGCAACGGCCACCCUCGUCUAGCUCCAGUGUAAUACCAGAGGCUCCGAAAACGUACAUGAUGGGACCAUCUGCGGUCGCACAGACCAAGGCUAGAGGAGUUUCGAGCAGUAUUUUUGUACCACCUUCUAGUAAAGAAAUGUCUAAGAUAUCUUCGAAUUCGAAGGCUUCUUCCAUUGCCUCCAGUCCAUCUUGGAACAACAAACCACCUGGAGGUUCUACUCCUGCU